GUCAAUUAAAACGUUGACUUUGGAUGUUUUUUCAAUGUUUAAAAUUCGGAACAUUUAUUAAAACGAUCAAUAAACGAACACAUAGCGAUAGCAGUACCAAACCGCCCCAACGAAAGAUCGUUCCAGUUAUUCCUACAUCACACGGGCGGCAGUUUAGUACGCUGGUCUGCUCGGGCAGUGAGCAGUGAGCACUUGCUGUACUUGGAUUUCCGUUGCCUGUCGAUUCCACUUCUGCUUUUCCUCGUCUCAAUCAUGGACUCACAGCUAAAUAAUUUAAUCUGUUAUUACUGUUAAAAUAUUUAAUUUGAGUUUUGCUCCGUCUGCAGGCUGUUUGUGUGUGUAUACAGCUGCUGCGUUGGCGUUGAUCACGAACGGAUCUCUCUUGCUGUGACCAUUGUCCUCUGCAGCCAGCACAACGACCAUGGCUGGUCCCCCAAACGAUCAGAACGAUCCACCGCAUCUUGUGGCGGCCGGGGAAGUCGUUGUAACCUCUGAACCCUGGGUCUGGUCGUUCCCGUACAACACCCACAAAGUCCUGUGUGCCCAGUGUUUCACCGAAACCGCGGGGCUGCGUGUGUGCUCCAGUUGUAAACUGUACCGCUACUGCAACAAGGAAUGCCAGCUGACGAACUGGAAGAAGGAGCACAAGCAUGAGUGUGCCAUGCUAAAGAACAUCCACAAGAAACUGCAGCCGUUUCAAGCGGCUGGUGCUUUUGCUCAUGACUGCGGACGGCAUCAGUGCUGUCUAUAUGGAUGUUGCGCUGGAGAGAUCCUUGUGGCCAAAAUCAUCAACAAAAUCACGAAAGGUCUGGUGGAGAAAGUGUCCGGAUUCCCCGGAAACGUCACGGCUCAACAAGUCUUGGACGUGCUUCCGCUCCAGCCCAUUUUUCCGAGUGUUACGGACGUGUUUGAGCAUUUCAAUCGGAUGUUCUGCGCCGUUAUUUGGCCGGAUACGGUCAGCGAGCGUACUCCGCAUUUUGAGGAAAUGGUGCAGAAGCUGACGUACAAUAUACUGCCGGUUUUUAAUCAGCGCAACAAAGUGACGGUGCAGAUGAUUGCCAUCUUCCCGCGGGCGCUGCAGCGGCUGAUGACCCCGGUCUGCUUGGACAGUACCGUCACCAUGGAUCUGCAGGGGCGCACCAUGAUGGUGCGGGCGGUUCAGGAUAUUUACUACACCGGACUGCAAGAUUUGCGACAGAACGAAGAAAUCCUCACCAGUUAUUUUUCGACGUUGAUGGAGCGUCGUAAGGAGUUUGAGAGGAUUUAUGGUUAUUCAUGCGGUUGCAGCAAAUGUACUACCGAAUACGACGCGGACAUCAAUCCCUUGAAAUGCAGCACCGUGGGAUGCCCGGCUCGUAUUCCCAGCGACACCCGGGCUCUGCAGCCGUGUCCGCAGUGCAAAGCUGACAAUGUGCCGCAGCUGCAAAAAUGGAAGGCUAUUGUCACAGCCUGUGGAGACAUGGAGAAUAAUUUCGAUCCCCAUGAUGAUUUGAACGAGGCGGUCAAGGCGAUGGAACGGGUCAAGCGAAUGGACACUGUUGUGCAUCCCGACGCACAUCUGCGUUUCGUCUGCGGUAUGGAUGCGGCUGACUUCGUACAGGCCAUGGGUGGCUAUGAAGACGCCUGGAAGCUGGUUGUGGGGAUGAUCGACUGUGUGCGUGUCAUAUAUCCGGACUACCACCUGGGCCGUGCCCGCUACAUGGUGAAGUCGGCCGCGAUACCGUACUUGUGGAAACGCGCCGUUGAUGAAAAGGAACAGCAGCGCCUAGCCCCCGUAUUCCAGGAGGCCCUGCCCAAAGCGCUGGGAUGGUUGUGGGAGGCGGAACGCAUCUACCAGAAACUGAACGGAGAGGAUUCGGUGUGGGCGCAGGCGGUGGUCGAUUUCAUCCGCAUCCAUGCGCCGGAGGAAGUCGGAGCGACGGAAAACGCCGUACCCUCAGCGCGGAAGGCCAACUGGGACUGGGGCAUGGGGAAGCAGUUGUUCUUUGGUAACGACGAUGAUUUAUAGUUCUGGAACAGAUUUCGCAUAUUACACAUGCAUUAUUGUGGACUUGAUAAAAUUGUCGCCUCUACAGACUGUACAGAUAGCUUCAUCAAAAGAAUUUUUGUUGUUGUUGUAUACAAUUUUAUUAGAUCGCACUUAUA